AUGGUCUCCGAUCACCAGACAUAUGAGUUGGUCGAAACUCUUGAUCACCCCGAAAUCUCAGAAGAUGUUGCUACCAACUAUAAAGGCAACUUGUCGCACUUGAAUCCGCCACUAAACGGCCCUGACAAGCCUUCGAUACAUGAGCCGAAAAAGCUGCGACGUACCCAAUCCUUUUCAUUACUUGGACAACUAGUGCUGACGAUUUUCCCUCUGCUUUUUAUAUGUACGUCGAUUAAUGUACAGCAGAAGCUCGAGUAUUUCUAAUGCUUUGAUAGCACUUACGGCGGCCGCAAUCUCCUUGGACAAUAAGUCUACCUCUAAGACGGGCUUGAUGACCCAACAAGCUACUGCUCUCUCGCCAACCGUUUUCCCUAUUGUAUUUGCUGCGAUUGUGGGCAGAUUCUUUCGUUCGUUGGGGCUAUACUGGGUAGAACGCGGCGUGAAAUUAGGAGUAAGAGCCAGGACCCCGUCAUGCCAGUGUGUGCCGAAUUAACCCAGAUAGACACUCGAGCGCCUCAUCGGCUCACAGACCCUUUUCUCUGCAAUCGAAAGGCAGGUGCUACUGAGAGGUCAAUAUGUUUUAGGCAUCUCAAUCAUAACUAUCUGGGCACUUUCGCCUCUUGGAGGACAGUCGGCUCUUCGGCUGCUCACAGUAUCUCCUGAAGUGUCUUCGACUAACACUACAAUUCGAUACUUGCCGAUUGCUCUAUCUAUGGAUACGAUCAUGUCCCCAGCCUUCGGAUCGAGGAGCGCCGAAAGAAGCUGGCCACAAUGGGGCUCAGUAUUUAUGACUGCUGCCACAACUUCUUACCAAUAUCAGAAUUCCUCUCAGGACUUGUUCGGCAACGUCAGAAUACCCAGUCUGGACUCUCUACCUUCCAUCGCGAUUGAUUCAAUGACUUCGGUGAACUAUAGUGAGAGUAUUCCUUACUCGUCCCUACUGGGAAUUCCCGUCGGGGUCUUCUAG